GCACCGGAUUCGUGCGCUAUCUGACGUCAGAGGAGGCUCAAAAGGCCAUUGACGGCAUACGGAAGGCAAAGAUCACACUUCCUGGCGCAAAGAGACCCCUGGAACUCAAACUGGCCGACCGACAGCGGACCAGGGAGCAUAAGAGCGAUUUCAGUGCCGACAAUGCCAACCUUCCCCUCUUCCAACAACUUACGUCGGAGGAACAAGUAUCUGCCAAUCGUGGAAGAAGUAAUUCCAACCAGCCAGUGGUGGUACCGGACAUUUUCGCCGAAUGUGCGAAGCGGUUCCUGGUCAACAACGCCAUCCAAAACCUGGAUCCACUGUCGCUGAUACCGCUCAGACUGACUGGCGGCGAACUGGACAUGAAUGUUAUUCCCGGCGGCAUUAACCCCUUCGCCGCGGCUAGCCUCCAGGUCCCGCCCAACAGCAAUAAGUAUCCGGCAGCCAGCCUCGUCGGU